GGAGGCGGGGCAGGGCGGCGUGCGGCGGCUGCUACGGCGGCAGCGCUCGGUAACGGUCGGCUGAGGCCGGGCGGCUCUGCGUCGCAGCUGCCGUGAGGGGAACCUUUUGGGGGUCUCCAGGCAGGAGGAGGAGCGCGCCGUCGCUGUUGGCCAGAGGUUUUGCUGGGGCUUGAGUGCCUGCCUGUACAACCACCACCACUCCCUCCGCCUUUUGUGAAGCUUCUUGCCCCGCAGGUUGCUUGGUCAAACCUUUGCCAGCUAUCAUGAUGUCAACAAAUAAAGCCAUUGAAUUACAACUUCAGGUGAAGCAAAAUGCGGAAGAAUUACAAGACUUUAUGAGAGAUUUAGAAAAUUGGGAAAAAGAUAUUAAACAAAAGGAUAUGGAACUAAGAAGACAGAAUGGUGUUCCUGAAGAGAAGUUACCCCCUAUCCGAAAUGAGAAUUACAGGAAAAAGAAGAAAGGCAAAGCUAAACAGUCAUCUAAAAAAACCAAAGAUGAGAACACAAAAAACCGAAUAAAAUCAUAUGAUUAUGAGGCAUGGGCAAAACUUGAUGUGGACAGUAUCCUUGAUGAGCUUGACAAAGAAGAAAGUACUCAUGAUUCUGUGUCUCAGGAAUCUGAGUCAGAAGAAGAUGGAAUUCAUGUAGAUUCACAGAAGGCUCUUGCCCUAAAAGAAAAGGGCAACAAAUACUUCAAACAAGGAAAAUAUGACGAAGCAGUUGAGUGCUACACUAAAGGCAUGACUGCGGACCCAUAUAACCCUGUACUGCCAACUAACAGGGCAUCAGCAUACUUUAGGUUGAAAAAGUUUGCUGUUGCAGAGUCAGAUUGUAAUUUAGCAAUUGCCUUGAAUAGAAGUUACACAAAAGCUUAUUCAAGACGAGGUGCUACACGUUUUGCUUUAGAAAAACUAGAGGAUGCCAAAAAAGAUUAUGAAAAAGUCUUAGAACUGGAACCAAAUAACUUCGAGGCAACAAAUGAACUAAGGAAAAUUAAUCAGGCUUUAACAUUUAAAGAAAAUUCAAAUCCAAAGGAGAUUGAUACAGUGAUAAAGUCAACAGAAGGGGAGAAAAAACAAAUUGAAGAACAACAGAAUAAACAGCAGGCUACGUCAGAGAAAGACCUGGGAAAUGCAUAUUUCAAAGAGGGAAAAUACGAAAGAGCAAUUGAAUGCUACACUCGAGGGAUAGCAGCAGAUGGCGCUAAUGCCCUUCUUCCAGCUAACAGAGCCAUGGCCUAUCUGAAAAUUUACAGGUAUAAGGAGGCUGAAGAGGACUGCACACGAGCUAUUUUCUUAGAUGGUUCCUAUUCAAAAGCUUUUGCCAGAAGAGGAACUGCAAGAACCUUUUUGGGAAAGUUAAAUGAAGCCAAACAAGAUUUUGAAACUGUUUUACUACUGGAACCUGGAAAUAAACAAGCAGUAACUGAACUUUCCAAAAUUAAAAAGGAAUUAAUUGAGGAAGGACACUGGGAUGAUGUCUUCCUUGAUUCUACACAAAGACAUAAUACGAUAAAACCCAUGGACAACCCACCUCAUCCAGGGUCAGCUAAACCACUCAAGAAAGUUACUAUUGAAGAAAUUGGUGAUUUGAUACAGAGUGUCUAUGUGCCAGAUAGCACUCCCACUGCUUCUCCAGAGAAUAACCUUGGUAAUCUGUCAAAUAAAAUAGCAACCAAGAACUCAAACCAGAGUGAUCUUUUACCCACAAGUGAUACUCCAAAAGCAAAAGUUUUGAAAAUAGAAGAAAUCAGUGAUAUUUCAGCCCCACAAUCUCAAGCCAAUUUGAAACCAGAUGUAUGUCAGUCUUUCAAGGAGAAGGUUUCUGUAGAGGUGGAUAAAACCCCUGCUCAGCUUCUCACAGCUGUUCUUCCCCCAGUACCUGCAAACUCAUUCCAGCUUGAAUCUGAUUUCAGACAAUUGAAAAACUUUCCAGAUAUGUUGUAUCAGUAUCUGAAGCAAAUUGAACCAUCCUUGUAUCCUAAGUUGUUUCAGAAAAAUUUAGAUCCAGAUGUAUUCAACCAAAUCAUUAAAAUUCUACAUGACUUUUACAUUGAGAAAGAAAAACCAUCACUCAUUUUUGAAAUCUUGCAAAGACUUUCUGAACUAAAAAGGUUUGAUAUGGCAGUGAUGUUUAUGUCAGAACCUGAGAAAAACAUUGCUCGUGUAUUAUUCAGUCAUAUAGACAAAUCAGGAUUGAAGGAUAAUUCUGUUGAAGAACUCAAGAAGAGAUAUGGAGGUUGAUUUGAUUUAUAUUUUUUAUAGCAAUUAUUGUCUUUGAUCUCUAUAAGUAAAUUAUUUUCUGCUGAAAAAUAAAGUGUCUUGUUUUGCUUUUUAAGAAAAUGAAAUACAGAAAAGGACUAGCUGUGGACAUGAAUGUACAGUGAAUUAUUAUUUAGUGAGAAAUGUACUCAGGUGAGUUAUUUAUAAAUCUUAUUCUGAAAAUAAAAAGAUAGUAUGCUGUA